CUUCGGGAAUCUGACGAAUUGGAAACGAGUGCUGCCAGCAGCAAAGACAAGUGCGGCAUUAAUCCAAGAAUGGGCACUGUCGUCGAGGGCAGGUUUACCACAGUAUCUUCGAAUGGAAAAACUCCGACCGAUGAAGAUACGGAAUCGUUACAACGGCUCAGUUUCGUUAGUUCGUCAACUGGCUAUAGCUCAGCACGUAGCAGUUUAAGAAGUUCAGAAAUUGGUGAAGAGGCUCCAUCGUUUCAAUCGCGUGACUUCAGCAUCGAAAGACGUCUUCUUACGAUUGUUUUGAACUUAUGCGAAAUAGUCCAAAUUUGGUUGAUUAAGCAAACAAUCAAGUGGCUUUUCAGUCGUGAAGCAUCACUGUCUGAGUCACGCCGACAAAAACUUCUCAAAAAUGGGAACGCAACACAACUGGACCGUAUUGCGAUCGAGUUGCUGGAUACGGAACGUUGUUACGUGAACGAUCUCAAUGAUAUCAUUCAAGGUUAUUUGAAUUUCUUCAUCGACCAUCGCGAAGAGUUCCAAAUGACAGUGGACGAUGUGUCGAACACAUUCGGAUGUAUCGAGCGCAUUUUCAUCUUCAACAGACGCCUUUAUCAUCAACUCGAUGCAGCGCUUCUCAACGUUGCUUUAAUGGCCAAAUGUUUCAUUGACAAUAUGGACGGUUUCAAGGACUACGUUACCUAUUGUACUAACUAUCAAAAAAUGGUUGAUACAUUAUCGGUUCUGAUGAAGAACAACAUGGUGGUUGAGACUCUCGCCUUACGGCAGACCAUCUUGGGACAUUCGUUGCCGUUAAGCGCCUAUCUGCUCAAGCCAGUUCAACGGGUUCUUAAAUACCAUCUUUUUAUGGAGGUCGGCUUCAAUCUAUCUCAUUUACCAUUACUGUACUUUAGCCAGCAUUCGAUGUAUGUUGAUGAGGAGGUUCUUGAAAAGAUGAUAUAUAUUGAUAUACCAAGCUGA